GCAAAAGCUAAAAAUGUGACAUCCUCCAUUGAGAUAAUGAAUGAUGAACUCUACAUAAACUUAUUUUCUCCCAUGAUUUAUCCAUCACCUGUUUGCAAAUUUUCUACAAACGUAAGUUCAUUUACACCAGUUAGUAAAUGCACACAUUUUAAUUACAUAUAUUUGUUGAAUAUAUCUUACUAUUACAAAAUAUUUGGCAAUUAUCUGCUUAUGCGACUGCUGGCUUUGUACCUUCUCUUCGAUACAUUUCAUUCAAAACUGUUAAGCUGGUAUUAACUAAUUAAUAUAGUUAUUGUUAUACAUGAACUUAAAGGGAUGCCUAGAUUUUUGCUGCUGUAAGGAGUGAAAUAUUUGUCAAAAUAUAUGUCUACUUUUUAGUAAUUUCACAUUAAAAUGACGCUUUUUUAAAAAUUAUUUUUAAUACAUCUUUCUUAUUUUAAAUUUUUCAAAACUUCAUUUUAUAAACCUUUUGAAAUAUAUUUGUAUCUAUUGAAAUAAAAUUUAAUAUGUUAGAUUUCAGACAAGAAACAUCUUACAGAAUGUUCCUUCUCCUCACUAGCUUUACGUAGAUUAACUAAAUUUCAAUAAUACGUGUAGUCAAAAUUUAACUACUGUUGUAAUACUUAGAAAUUUAGUAAAUAUUUAUUAAUUUUAAACAUCCAACUCCUAUUAGUUCUGACGUACUUGCCAAAAAGAAUGAUGUGUUUGUGAUACAAACAUCAUGUUUGAAUUAUAAUGAGAUUUGGAAAUUAACACACAAAAAAAAACAUGACACAUUUUUCCAUUACUUCGUAUCAUAUUUAUUGUUCACUUUUCGUUUAUCGCAAUCUCAAAAAAAAUAUUUUAAUUGCUCAGCUUUCUGCUUUACCUAAUUGAAUUAAUGAUUAUUUCAGUAGAAAACACAUAUACUUCAAAUUGAAAUUAGUAUGUUUACAUGGCAAAAACUGUUUGUAGCCUUCGUUACAGGAAUCAUACAAUGAAACUUCCAGCAUCCAUGAAGUAACUUAUAAUAAGAAACUUUACUACUCGAUUAAUUGCACAUUAAGUUUACCGAUGUCAAAAGUCAAGGAAAAGAAACACGAUGUUCUUGUUACGUUAUAUCCAGAUGUCACAGAUACGAUCUUCAACAUUCAACGCAUGGGAACUACGUUGUGUUUUACAAUUGAUUUAAGUAAGUAAAUGUCUUGUUUCACCGUAAAUGUAAACACUGUGGUCUGUUGAUUAGUAUGUUGAUUUCACUUUUUUCUCAAUUAUUUAAAAUAUUUUUUUCAAAAUACGCCUAAUAAGAAUAUAUCGUAAGCCUUAAGUAAGGACGUUGUAUGUACAGACGAUUUAGAAGGUUAAGGGUCGGAAAUUUUUGAGUAAAUGAGAGGCUAUUGGUGUUGGUUAAUUCUUUUUACGUUUGGUUUGGUGACAUAACUUGUAAAUAGAAGGGAAUGAAAAAAAGAGAUGUUUAAGCUGGUCUUUAUGUAAAAAAUAUUAGAUAAAAUAUAAAAUGGACAAUAGCAAUAAUUUUUAAAUAGAGGUGUAGAAUAUUCAAAUGAAAGGGUGAGAGAUAGUUUAUAUGUCCUACUGUAAAAAUGAAACUAGAACUUCGCAUUUUAUAUUUUAAUUUUUUUUAAAAUAUUUAUACCAACAUAAGGUCAAGACACAGUAUCGGGCAAUCAACAAUGUCCUUAUUAUUUAAUAAAUGGAUCAAACUUUCGAUGUCUUUGCGAUCUACCCAACAAUAACAAUAGAUCUCUAAAAGAGUCAACUUUAACAAAUUAUUUUACAACCAAUGAAUUCAUUGCUAGCACAACUUUUUCAGGUAAGUAUACUUGCAUAUUUUAUUUAGUAUUUUCCCCGAUGGAAACUUUCAUAAAUAUUUUAGUCACCUCAUCUAACGUCCAAGUAAAUAACUGCUUUUCUUGCAAAUAUCAUUUAUGUGAUUUUAAAAGGUUUACAAAAAUAUUUUUAGCAAAUAAGCUGGUUUGCAAAAUUUUAAUGACACAAAAGAUCAUAUGUGAAUGAGUGACACUUCAGUUUGAACAAUUAAAUAUAACGUUUAGAACAUCUUAGAUAAAAAUGUAACUGAUUGUUGACCAUAUUAUUUAGUGCGUUGAUAAUCCGGGUUUCCUUGAACUUUUAACGUGUUGAUGAUUUUCAAGCUAUUUGUUUUCUUUCCUUAUUGAUUAUUGAGAUCAGUCUGAAAAUCAUAUUCAAAAGACAAUAUGUCUGUGAUAGUUGGUCCCUUUUUAGGAGAUGAGCUUGAAAAUACCUGUAUUAUUACAUUUAUUGAUCAUGAAUUAUUAUGCACAAAUUAAUUAUUUAUCUGGUUGAUCGUUUUAAGUAACAGCGGCAAAGACUACGAUAGACACUUAAAAAAUUGAGAUUUGAAUUGGAUUAAUCUACUUGUAGAUUUCAUAAUUCCUAUCCCUUUAACGAGUUACCGUGAUAAUAAUCAUGCAAUGGCCUUUGGUAGGUAAUAUAUUUCAGGAAUAAUAAUUGCGAACACGUCUCUGUCUGAGAUUAUCAUUAAAUAACUUAAAAUGUAAGAAAAAGAUAGAGACAGAUGGUUAACAUUUGGUUAGUGCACCACAUAGUCUUGUAGGAACUAAAACUUAAUAAAUAUGCCAGUUAACCAACAUUGGUGUCAAUAAAAGAUUAAAAAAAUGAGUAUUAAACCUGUUUUUUUUAAUUAUGAAAGUUCUUUUGAUAUUUUAGAAAAACAAUUUUUUUUUAUCUUUGCUAUUUUUAACCUAAGAUGUUAAAUAUUUAAAUCAGAAUGUUUGUGAUCAAUUCAAUUAAUUUGAGAUAAAAAAAAUAAUAGUAGCACCUUCAAUCAGUUAAAUUAUUUACAUUCAUAUUUAUACUCAAAUCACCGAGUAGUGCUCGACUUUUGAAUCGACCAUAAACAUUUUAAUUACCGUACUCGCGGUAGAUCUGACUUUUGCUAAGGGUGUUCAGUUUGCUGAUGAGACCGAAACUCAGGGACGAAAUAUUAUUGUGCAGUAAGAACUGGGGAUGUGUGGGACAUCUACAUGUGCUGUCUUACUUGGCGCUUAAGGGUAUUCUAAAUGCUCUUUCAAAAACCUGGAUUCGGCAUGAAGUCUCUUGAGGCUGAAUAAUUUACAAUCGAAUAGGUGUUUGAAACAAAAUAAAACAUUUUCCUUUCUGCAUGGAUCAGACAUUGUGGCGGGAAAAAGGGGGCUCUUAAAAGUGUUGGGGUAAGGAAACAGAAAGGUUGACGCAAUUUACCACAGUAAAUGUUAAAGACGUAUUUCCAUUUUUUCCAAACCUUAGCUAUCAUGGAAAUGCCGUAAAAUUAAAAUGAACUUACCCGGAUUGCCCAAAGACCUUCUCUCUAGUGUCGAAUACCUUGGUCAGUUCUAAAUAGGUGAUGAGUAGGUCAAUAUUAUGUAAUUGGCAUUUUUCAUGUAGCUGCCUGGCCUCAAAAACCAUAUUAAUAUUUUCACGUUUUUUAUGGAAAGCGUAGUUGCUUCCAUGAAGUAAAUCGUUUUCAAGAUGCAUAUUAAGAAGGUUUAUCAAGAUUCUACCUUGUAUAUUGCUUGCAAGAGCAAAAAAUAUCGCAAGAUGAAAGGUUACCUUUACGCUUGUACAGAUAAACAAGAAAUAAAUGCAUUAUUGAAAUCUUGAGGAAUAGUCUGCGGUUGCCGCUUAGUUAUGAGCAUCUGGUAGAUCCUGUCAGUUAGUGCUUUGACUCUACUUUGUAUAUGUUUGUGGGUAUAGAGACAUAACCUCGAGCGUUGCCACAUGAGGGAAGAUACAUACCUUGUUGGCUCUAAUUUUGGGUGGAAUUGUCUUCCAUUUCUUGAGGGAUUUGAACAGGUGCGAAAGAUUUCAUAAUACCAUCUUUGAUUGAUGACGGGAAAUUUGUGAUGCCGUCAAAAUCUUCAUCCCAACAUUACAUAAUAUUGUCCCUCUCAGUGAUUAGAGUUUUCUCACCAGGACACAAUAGUUCGCAAUAUCUUCAUAAAACGGUGCCACAAACUUCUUUAAGCGAUAAGUGUACAUAUGUUGGUCAUGUUGGUCCGCAUAACCCUAGAUCGCGUCAGUUUCACCACUCAACCAUUUAUAAUGCCAUAGACGCAUUUUAGGCCCUCUAAAUACAUUUCUAGGAACCCUUCCAAUCAAUGACGUCGUGGCAUACCCAAGAAUUGAAGGGAACAAUAAAAUAAAGCUUGACCUGACAUGGAAUGAAAGCUAUGACAGAGUGAAGAUCAUGGUGAAACUUGGUCUUUACUUUAUCUGGGUUUGCAGCCUAGCAGCUGAUAAUGGUGCGGUGUUUUCUUUCACUUUAGAAAGGUCGUUAUCCAACCGUUGACUUUCUUCGAAAGUCCAGAGGCUUGCCAGUAAUUGCAGAUUUAAAAAAAAAAAAAUCAGCAUCAUGACGCCCCUCUAUGUCUCAGUCACCGCAAAAGAAAAUUUAUCCAGAGCCCCCAUUUCCCAUAGUUUAUGGUCUAUGACGUUUAUGAUGCAAUUUCUACAGUGUACCUAGCUAAUUCCUAUAAAAACAUGUUCUUCUCUAAGUUCUUUCAAAAUCGUCUUUGUCCUAAAGCGGGCGCAGACUAAAAAAGCUGAACUUCAGAAGGAUUGUUUUUAAGUUUUGUUUUGCUUCAUUUGAUUUUUAAAAAGUCGACCAAAUACUUAGGGUCAUUUUUAAUUCUUGUAGGCUCGAUAGGGAACGAUGGAGCAGACGACUGAAGAACAUGAUUUCUAGAUUGUUUCCCAUGCUUUUGGUGCUUCUCACUCAUUCGAUGGUCUGCCGGAAAUUCCUGAUGCUCGUUUUCAGUGACCGAGACGCCUAUCUGCAGUUUUGUGACUACAGCUGCCAGUGUACCUAGGCCAAACGAUUUAGUGGGAGAAACUUAGGGCAGAAGACUUUUUAGUAAAAACUUAGAUGAAAUGUAUGAUUAUUAAAAUGAAGAAAGCAAAGGGACAAAGUUAACCAUUUUUUAAGCAAAGUAACCUGUUGCCCCUGUUAAGGAGUAAGUGUAUAAUAAUAAUUUCUAUGUCUAUUUAAACACAGAAAAUCUCAGAGAAAACCAUAUGUGUGAGAAAAAUGCAAAUCUUAGUUUGCUGAUCAUCAUAAUUGAGGCGGCUGUUAUCAUCAUAUCUUGGUUGGUUAUAUCUGCACUGUGUUACACGCAAAGAAGUAAGUGUUUUUAAUUAUUACUGAUGGUUAUUAUUUCAAAAAAAUUAUUUGAAAGUUUAUUUGUAACACUGCGCAUUUUGAAAAAUGAAGUCAUUUAAUAAUUAUUUUAAUAAAAGUACAACAUAAAUGCUUGUUGAAUUAAUAAAGUUGCAAGUAUUGUCGAACCAAUAUAAUGACAAAUAAUAUGUUAAUUGUUUUAAAAAAAAAGCUUUUUAUUAAUUUCAAAACCAUUACUUGAUUUUAGCCUUAAGGAACACAAAAAGACUCUUAAAUUCAUUUGUACAACAAAAAAAGUAGAAUACGUUCUGAUUCCUUAAAACAAUGUUAGGGGCUUUAAUUUAUUUUACGAAAAGCGAAUAAAUUUAAAUUUGAUAACAAUAAAAUAUAUAUUUUCUAAUUUAGCAUAAGUUUAAGCAUUUAAUUAUAUAUUACAAAUGCAUUUAAAAUAACAAUUAAAUAAUUAUAUAGGUAUUUUAUUAAAAUUUGAACGUUAUGAUGAUAUUUUUUAUGAUCGGUAAAUUAUGAUCCAAUAAUUAUUUUUAUUAUAUCGUAAUAAAAAAUUUUAGGCACACCCAAUCAUACGUUUUUAUUUUUAGUACGUUUUUAAAAUUGUGAAAUUAAAUUAAAAAUUAAUUUGAUCCAAAAGAUAUUCUAACAAUAAACCAAGUAAAUUUUCGAUAUAACUCAAAAAAGAAAAAUUACAUUAAUUUCAUAAGGGCAAAAUUCAAAAUUGCAAAUAAAAAGCUUUUUUUUUUCAUUAAAAUUUAAGAAAUGGGUGUUAAAAAACAAUUUUGUAUUGUCCCCUCUUUAAAAGUAAAAUAAAUUAAUUCCAUUGAUUGUUGUUUUUUUUAAUGUUAAUAAAACACACCAACUAAUAACUUGGUAUUUUUUAAAAUUUUACAUAGGUUCUAGAAUUUUUUUUUUUAAUUUACACUCUUUAUAUUGAUAAAGUAAUACAAACUUAAUUUUUAAAAAUAAGUUUAAAAAAUAAUCAUGUUUUAGUCAACUUGUGCUGCGAAAUUUCGUAGCCAAAUGGCAAUAAUUACUAAUUACUAACUCAUCAUAAUCAUAUAAAAAAAACAAAUAAAAAUGCAAUAAGUUCCUUUUGCUAUCAAAAUCUCAAAACAAAAUUAUAUGACAGAUUUAAUUUUGGUUUAGUUUUUAAUGUUAAAAUAAUUUUUCAAAAAUAGGGAAUUUGUUAGGUAGAAUUAUCUGUAUCAUAAAAAAAAUGAAUAAUGAUGGGAAAAGGUGGGAAAACUUUUCAAAAAAAUUGCCACAAUUUUUGCGAAUGAAAAGUAAAAUUCGCCGAAUUUCUAACAAAUCAUAAGACAUCACUAUUAAUGUCUAGUUUAUGGUAAAUAUGUUUACAAAAUAGCAUUUUACACUUAUAUAAAAUGUUUAUUUUCUUUUAAAUUUAUAUAUAUAUAUAUAUUUAAUAUAACUAUUAUUUAAUCUUUUCGAGAUUAUACUAUCCAAAGAGAAGAAGAACAUAAUCAAUAUAAUGCCAUUGAGAUACAACAUCAAGAAGAUCCCAAUGAUGGCUAUAUGACACCUCCUGAAAUGACAAGUGGAAAUAUAUAUCAAGCAAAACCACAGAAACAUUUCACUUAUAUGAACGUAUUUUUCAUAAUGAAUAGAAGGGAAAGAUUAAAAUAUAUAAUUUUCUUUUCGUUUCACUGAUCAAAU